UCCUCAUCGGAUAGACAAAGAUAGAGCAGAGUUGUUGUUUCGGUCCAAAACAUUGGUUAAGCGUACACUAUCCGGUGGAUGCGUUAUCGAAGCCCUCCCUGAUGGACACAUGGACUUUACUGAUCAACUUUUUAUGGAUGAGAAAAUAAACGAAGAUAGGUUUUUCCCAUCGCUCAAAUCGCUUUAUAUCGGCGAUAUCGUGAUAGAGGAGUCCUAUUACCACAAGCUCAUCCUUAUGUGCCCCGUUCUGGAAGAAUUGUUCAUACAUAACGAUGGCGAAUCACACCCGCCGAGUUGGAUUGGAUUUGCGCCAUGUCGUACUUUGAAGCGACUUGUGAUUUAUUACGUCGUUCCACCCGAGUAUAAAGAUGUUUACGAUGAUCAAGAAGUUUGCAUCAGUUGUCCAGAAAACCUUUGUCUACUUUGAAUUUUCUAGUUAUGUCCAUGAUGUUUAUAAUGAUGGUGGCGAGAUGGAGUCGCUUGUCGAAGCUAGACUAGAUCUUCGAUUAUUGGAGUCAACUACCCGUUUUGAUGAUUAUACCGAGACAGGUGAGUAUAAUGAUUUGCUUGUAGUGAUGAUAUCUUUGGUGAUGCUACAAUCCUGCUUUUGAGAAUGGCCAGUUACGUAAAGAUCCUCCACUUGUCUGCUUAUUCUCUUGAGGUCAGUAUCUCUUCCAUUGACUGUUUUGGUAUAUGUAUUCUAUGUUGUUGUGCCUAUGAUUUUGUUGAUGAAGCUGAAGCUUUAUAAAAUAAAUUAUUUUAGUAAUAAUUAGAACAAAAUCUCAAUCCUAUUAAAUUAUUAAUAAUAACUGAAUACAAUUCUGGACAUGCAUAUAAAAUAAAAAUAGAAAACCAAAUAUCCCUAAAAACUAUUGAAAUCUAUAAAGAUAAUUCUAACUAUCAAAAUAAAUAGUAAAACUAAAAUAAAAUUAAUUCAUAAAUCUAUUAUGAAUAUAUAUAUCUGUAUAUAUGCUUAUGGUUUCGAUAAUACAUGCAUUAGGCGCUUCAUUUCGGCUGCAAAUUGAUCUUCACAUUCGACAACCUCGUUACUUUAUCACUCGAGAGCGACAAGGAUAAAAGCUGGCAAGUUCUGCCACGUCUGCUCAGAAAGACCCCAAAGCUACAAAAUUUAGUCAUCAAGGUAUCAGUUUCUUGAUGGACAAAUAAUAUAUUUUUCUUGUUUUGCAAUUGAUUUAUCAUACACAUGUCAAAUUGUUUUUUUCAUGUUUUCUUUUAAAUGAUUUCAGGGUCUCUUGCAUCGAGUAACAGGUAGAUGUGGAGAUGUGUGCCCUUGCUAUCAUCGUCCCAAACGUAAGGGAGUGAUUGAUUGGCGAACAGAGAAAGUGUCUUGUUUACCGUAUCUUCCACUGAAGGUGCUAGAGAUCUCAGGAUACGUACGGAGGAACUUGUAGAGAGAUUGAACAGAUGAGGUUUUUUUUGGGAAGCCUGCAAUACCUCGAAUUCGUGAAAAUUGGUGUUCAACCAGAGUCAAGACUGUAACAAGUUGAGAUCGAACCUAAUGAGAUUUCCUAGAUUCUCAUCCAAGUGCAACAUCCAGUUCAUCUGAAUUUCUAUCUCACUCUUGAUGACAAAGUUGAGAAAUAGCUCUCCUUACUAUGUUCACAUGAUAUAACAAUGUUCACAUUUUAUGGCUUAGUGAAAAAGAGUUAAAAAAAACAUGAUCAUAAGCAAAAACUCAUGGAGCUUUUCAAUUUUUUAUGUAAUUUGAAUUUAACCCCUGAUGUUUUAUUUAUGACAAUUUAAACCAAGAAAUCUUUGCGUUUUAAAUUAUUUUCAUUUUCGACCUUUAUUUUUCAAACCUUUGUACAAUGUGCACCUUAAAUUGAAAACUUACCAAAAUAAUCACUUUGUAGAUUGAGAUAGAUCUUCACAAAAUGUUUAUACUGCUCUUUAAGUUUUUACUAAUUCGAAUUUGACCCAUGACGUUCUAUUUAUGACAAUUUAAACCAAAAAUCGUUGCGGUUUAUGAUUAUUUACAAUUCUGGUCCCUAUAGUUUUUAGACGUUUAUACAAUGUGCAUCUUAAAUAAAAAAACUCACCAAAAGAACCACUUUGUCGAUUGAGAGAUAAAUCUUCACAAACUAUAAAAGAAAAGACUUUUUGUUUGGAUUGGAACAAGAAGAUUGCAUAGACAGACAAACGAAGCUGCGAAGAAGGAGAAGGGAGCGAAGAGGGGACGCGAUAGAGAUGGGAAACCAUAAGCUCAAAUGGACGGAGGAGGAGGAAGAGGCGCUGCUCGCCGGCGUUCAGAAGCAUGGGCCCGGAAAGUGGAAGAAUAUUAUCAAAGAUCCUGAGUUCGCUGAUUCCCUCUAUAAUCGCUCCAACAUCGACCUCAAGGAUAAAUGGCGUAACUUGAAUGUUCCCCCUGACAUUCAAGGCUCAAUAGAUAAGGUGCGGACACCAAAAAUCAAAGCUGCCGCUUUGAAUCUAGCCGCCGUUGCAGCUGCUGCUACCAGUACUCCACCACCUUCUAGCGCGACCCCUUCUCCGGUUGCUCCCCUCCCUCGUAGUGGAUCUUCUGAUUUGAACGUUGAUGAUAGUUGGAACACUAUGGUGGAUGCAAAGAAUGCUCCCAGGUAUGAUGGGAUGAUAUUCGAAGCUCUUUCAGCGUUGACGGAUCCUAAUGGAUCUGAUGUCACUACAAUUUUCAACUUCAUCGAGGAAAAAAAACAUGAAGUGCCACCAGGUUUUAAAAGGGUCCUGGGAUCAAGAUUGAGGAGGCUUGCUGCUCAAGGCAAAAUUGAAAAGGUUAACCAGAUAAGAGCAGGAACGCAGAACUUCUAUAGGAUGAAUGGUACUAGCUUCUCGGGAGUGAGAACGCCGGUUGUAGCGAGACCUAAAGAGGUGAAUGUGAAACCCCGGCAGACAAACAGUCAACGAGUACUCACGGUUUCGCAGAAGGAGGUUGAUCAAGCUUCAGGAACCGCAGCUUUUAAGUUCGCGGAGGUAGAAAAAAAUUUAGAAUUGGUCAAAAGAGCUGCAGAACACAAAGAAAGGAUGAUAAAACUGGCAGAACAAGCUGAGAUUAUUCUACUGCUAGCGGAAGAGUUGCACGAAGCAUGUUGUCAGGGAAACAUUGUGGAACUGAAUUGAGGUUGAUGGAAACAAAAGAAGCAAGCACAGAUUGAGUGAGUCUUAGUUUUGGUAUAUAUACUGAUAGUAAUUGGCUAUUAGCUUGCAUUCUUUUGUUUCUUAUGAUGCCAACUUAGGAGGAAUUGUUUGCACAAAUAACAUUUUACCGUUCUUUAGUUUACUAAUAAAAAAAAGGUAGUUGAGGGUAAUUAGCCAGAAACAGAAAUGUAUUGUGUGGCUUGGAAAGUACAGUAUUAAACUCUUAUCUU